AUGCCCACGCACACAAAAGUUGCUUCAAUCAACAAAGAGUUGAUGAAAGAGCUAAGCCCCGAGAAACUUGAGCAGUGCGACCUCUUCAUCACUGCCGUUGACGAGAAAUUGACGGAGCAUCUGGAUUGCUUCAAGAAAUCCAUCUCUCAGCUGGAGAAAUUGAACAAGAAGUAUGAGUCAGUCAAGAGCGCUGCGGCUGAGUGGAAUAUGGAGCCAGUUUUGUGGAUCUUCCAAGAUGAUCAAACUACUGACGCUGAUGUGGCCAUGAUGUUGGAGUUGAGGGGUGAGCUGUCCGAGAUGGCAAAGUCUGCAGAGAAGAUUAUCACCCUCGGUCGUGGGUCCGCAUCAUUUGAGAAGGCUGCAGCGUCUUUGAAGCAGACCACAGUCCAUGCGCAGGCCAGGUGGCCUGAAACAACCUUCAGCUCCAAGGGCGAAGGCUAA